CUCCGCUUCUUUCUCCAGCCCCCACAGGAGUGAUGCUUUGCUUCACAGCUGUAACAACACCACCAGUACACGUUUUACACCGGAAGCACUAGUGCUGUGCUGUCUGCUGCCACUGCAAAAGUGAGAGCAAGCAUCGGAGCACUCCACGCUCGCACAGAAUCUCCCAGAAGAAGCCGCUUUUGUUUUGUCAGCCAUUGCCAUUGCCAGCGGCCAGCUGCACUUGGCACCGCGUAUAAGUUCCCUUUCUUUCUUGGCCGCUUCCGCCCUCCAUUCUUCCUCCUCCUCCUCCUCCUCCUCUUCCAGAUCUCACUCACACUGCCCUUGUGAGGAGGAGGAGAGGAGAGCCAAGAAACCAGCAAAGAACCAUGGGUUCUUGGGCUCUUGCUGCUGCGGUUCUUGGGUUCUUGGGCGUGGUAGCCCAUGGCUCUGAGCCGUGGCUGAACCAGACGCAGGUCUACUCCACCAAUGCCAACUCCGGCGGCAGCAACGGCGUCUUCGUCGGCCUUACGCUCAUCCAGUCGGCGGCCGCCAAGGGAGGCUUAUGCUUGGAUGGGAGCUUACCGGGUUACCACCUACACCGAGGGUUUGGAUCAGGGGCAAACAGUUGGCUUGUCAAUUUGGAGGGUGGAGGCUGGUGCAAUGAUGUUAAAAGCUGUAUGUUCCGCAAGAAUAAUCGGCGCGGCUCAUCAAAUCACAUGGAGAGGCAACUCCAGUUUACAGGGAUAAUGAGUAAUAGGCCUGAAGAAAAUCCUGAUUUCUACAACUGGAACAGAGUGAAGGUUCGUUAUUGUGAUGGUGGAUCCUUCACUGGUGAUGGGGCUGAUGCGUCUGCAGGCCUUUAUUUCCGAGGUGAACGUAUUUGGCAGGCUGCUAUGGAUGAUCUGAUGGCCCAAGGAAUGAGAUAUGCUAACCAGGCCCUUCUUUCUGGAUGCUCUGCUGGUGGUGUUUCAACCAUACUUCACUGUGAUGAGUUCCGCGGAUUGUUCCCAUCGAGCACCAAAGUGAAGUGCCUUGCUGAUGCUGGCAUGUUUCUGGACACUGUUGAUGUUUCUGGGCAACGAGAAAUGAGGGACUUCUUCAAUGGUAUUGUGAGAUUGCAGGGUUCUGGAAGAAGCUUGCCUAGGUCUUGUACCUCUCGCAUGGAUAAAACUUCGUGUUUUUUCCCACAGAACGUGGUGCCAAACAUCCAAACUCCGACUUUUAUUUUGAACACAGCUUAUGAUGUGUGGCAGCUUCAGCAAAGUGUUGCCCCCAAAAAGGCUGAUCCCCAAGGUCUAUGGCGAGGAUGCAGGAUGAAUCAUGCCUCCUGUAAUAGCAAUCAGCUGCAAUUUUUACAAGGUUUCAGGAAUCAAAUGCUUGAUUCUGUGAGGGGUUUCUCUGGGUCAAGGCAGAACGGUCUUUUUAUCAACUCCUGUUUCGCACAUUGCCAGAGUGAGAGACAGGAUACAUGGUAUGCAAGGGAUUCGCCUCGCCUCGGUAACAAGAGAAUUGCUGAAGCGGUUGGGGACUGGUUUUUCGACAGGGCAGACGCAAAGUACACAGACUGUGCAUACCCUUGUGAUGGUACCUGCCAUCAUCUUGUAUUCAGAGGAGACUACUAAGAUUCAUUCUUAGACCACCACAAAAUUCAGGUGGCAAAAAGUGAAAGAAAAAGAGGAACACCCAAUGGGAAUACAGAUUAAAGUGAAUGGUAUAGAUAGAGGAUGCAAGGUACUGAAAUUGCAUGAACAUGUUCAUCAUCACUUGAUAUGAUUUUAGGGCAGGACCUGGUGUGCUUUGCUAAUGUGGCGAGUUCAGGUCUCUGCAUUGAGAAUUUAGUUUCACCACAACACCCAUACCGACUGAUUCUUUCCGUCGCCUGAAUUCCCUUGAUGAUGUAUCUCUGAACAUUUAGACCCCAUUGGAGUAUGUGUAUCAUAAAGUUUACGUGUGAUGUACUAAACGAGAUAAUAUGAAUGAAAUAAGUAACGUGCCUGCAAGAAAUCAACCCAUCUUGUCGGGCAUUUAAUUACCA